AUGUUUGUAUUGCUUGACACCACGAAAGAAGCUACGUUGGAAUGGACACGAUAUCCUUAUGGACCGCAAGCUCAGACUCCCGGUUGGGUUGAAGAAUCGUUCACAAACUUCGUAAAGGGCAUCAACUGGCGCAGUUACGUCGUGUGCGAUGUGGCCUACAACAACGUCAACAAUUGGUUGUGGUCACCAUUCAUCGACCGUGGAUCCGCUAAUCGGUUGUACAUCGAAAUCCACUUCACUAUACGAGACUGUUCACUGUUUCCAGGCAAUGCUCUAUCGUGCAAAGAAACAUUCAGUCUUCUAUUUUACGAGUUCGAUGCGGCGACACGCGAACCGCCACCCUGGCAGCCAGAAAGCUACAAGCUGAUAGGACGCAUUGCCGCUGGUGAAGGACGUUUUAAUCAGAAUUCGGAUGUGGAUAUUAAUGUGGAAGUGAAGAGUAUCGCUGUAACGAAAAAGGGUGUAUACUUUGCGUUCCGUGAUCAAGGUGCUUGCAUUAGUGUGCUGGCCGUAAAAGUUUAUUACAUCACUUGUCCAGCCGUCACAAUAAAUUUUGCCCACUUUAAUGAAACACCAACUGGACGUGAAGUAACAAUCAUCGAACAGCAAAUGGGCGUGUGUGUGGACAAUGCGGAAGCGUACGAGCCUCCGACGUAUCUAUGCAAGGGCGAUGGAAAAUGGACCAUUCUGACCGGCGGUUGUCGGUGCAAGGUCGGAUACGAACCAGACACUGAGAAGCAGACAUGCAAUGUGUGUCCAGUGGGUAAAUUUCGUUCAGCAGAAGUAAAAUCAUGCACAAUCUGUCCGCUUAAUUCGAAGACCAACAAAAUUGGCUCGCCAUACUGUCCAUGUCUCAGUAGUCACUAUCGUCACCCUCGUGACGGAAAGCACAUGCCGUGCUACAAGCCACCUAGCAUGCCCAGUAAUUUAACACUGUUGUUUAUUGACCAAACCAGUGCGAUUCUAUCAUGGAACUCGCCACAGCGGUCGCCCAAUGAGCAGCUAGACACUAUUUACCGAAGCGACAUUGUGUUUCGCGUGAAAUGUGCAGCUUGCUCUUCGAAUGUUGUGCUCAAUCCAUCUAGCGAAACAUUCAACGAUACUAAGCUAACGCUGACGAACCUUGAACCAGUUACUACUUACACGGUGCAGAUACACUCGCAGCACGGUGUUUCGUAUCCGAUCGUCAUAUCGGAUGCUGGCUCCGCUGGAGCUGGUACAGCGUUCGAUAACAUCAGCAGUUCCGUAUCCGGAGGAUAUUAUGGGUACCACGUUACGGAACCAUCUCCGGUGGUUAAUGUUCGUACAUCUUCCGAUCUGGAUGACAUCAAAACUGAGUUUGCCGAAAUCACCUUCACCACGGAGUCGCCUAUUUUAAGCACCGUAUUCAAUGUGAAAGUAAUACAGAUAACCAACAAGGAUGUCGAUCUGGUAUGGGACAAACCGAUCCACAGCGACUCACCGAUUGAGUACUACGAAGUACGGUGGUUCCUGAAGUCCGAGGUGGACGCAAUGAACAAGUCCGUGUUGAGCACGAAGGAGUCUAAGGUGCACAUCGGCGAUUUGCUGGAAAAUACUGAGUACGGGUUUCAAGUGCGUUGCAAAACUAUAAAUGGUUGGGGAACCUUCAGCAACAUCGUUUACGCUCAAACGCAUCAGAGUGUUAGUCCUGUGUACGAUGAUUCCUUUCAAAUGCGUAUCGUAGCCGGUACAACGGUCACCGUCGUUGUUAUAUUGGUGUUAGUAAUUGUGGUUACUGUUGUUUUCCUACGUUCGAAAAGCCACGAUGACAUCGACAAAAAAACCAGCAAUCACCUUCCUCUGCCUAUGGACUAUGCCAGUAAUGAAGUUCACGCAAUGGAUACGACUCCCAUUGUCAAAUCAAUGAAAAACAACGUGACUACCCCGCUGUUCGGCACUAGUAGAAGCUACGUUGAUCCACAUACCUAUGAAGAUCCUAACCAGGCUAUUCGAGAAUUUGCUCGCGAAAUUGAUGCCAGUUACAUUACGAUCGAGGCGAUCAUUGGUGGUGGUGAGUUUGGUGAUGUCUGCAGAGGACGUCUUAAGGUUCCGCCGAACUUUGUGCAAGAGAUCGAUGUAGCAAUUAAAACAUUGAAACCUGGGUCAUCAGAGAAAGCACGUUGUGAUUUCCUCACUGAAGCAUCAAUCAUGGGGCAGUUUGAGCAUCCAAACGUCAUCUUUCUUCAGGGAGUGGUAACACGUUCAAAUCCCGUGAUGAUUAUAACCGAAUACAUGGAAAAUGGCAGUCUGGACACAUUCUUGCGAGCAAACGACGGCAAAUUUCAAACGAUACAACUGAUAGGGAUGCUGCGUGGCAUAGCCGCCGGCAUGACCUAUUUGAGCGACAUGAACUAUGUUCAUCGAGACUUAGCAGCACGCAAUGUGCUAGUCAACUCGUUAUUAGUGUGUAAGAUUGCCGACUUUGGACUGUCGCGCGAGAUUGAAAACGCCAGCGAUGCCUAUACGACUCGAGGUGGCAAAAUUCCAGUACGCUGGACAGCUCCGGAGGCGAUCGCAUUCCGCAAAUUCACAUCCGCUUCGGACGUUUGGUCGUACGGUGUGGUACUGUGGGAAGUUAUGUCUUUCGGUGAGCGACCAUAUUGGAACUGGUCCAACCAAGACGUCAUCAAGAGCAUAGAAAAGGGAUAUCGGUUACCAGCACCGAUGGAUUGCCCGGAAGCAUUGUAUCAGCUAAUGCUGGACUGCUGGCAGAAGCAGCGAACGCAUCGGCCCACGUUCGCAAGCAUUACGCAAACUCUCGACAAUUUAGCGCGGCAGCCGCAUGUGUUGCUUGCUACGCGUAACUCCCCAGAUAAUCCUGUUGCACGGAUGGGAUCGACUGGCAUCGUCGACGACCUAACUCAGGACAUGUUGAUAGCUGCUGCCGGUGGCGCCAGUGGCAUGGGAACCACUUCCCAACCGCAGCAACAGCCACCGUUACAGCAACAACAACAACGGACAGGAAUACACCUGGGUGGAACGAGUGAGCGAAUGCAAAACAAUGCUGCGUGUAGCACGAAUAGCACUUCAGCGAUGGCUACUCCAGGGUCCACUGUUGGUGGACUAAGCAAUACGGGAACAAUGACUGGCGUUGGCACUCCAACUAUUUUCAUUAAUACUGAUAUAUGGUUGGAGAGCAUCAAAAUGGCACGAUAUGCGCAGCAUUUUAAGGAAGCUGGUCUUGUUACGGCUCAACAGCUUUCUCGACUUACUGCGCAGCAACUUUCCGAUAUGGGCAUAACGUUGGUGGGUCAUCAGAAAAAAAUUCUUCAUCAGGCUAGACAAAUCGACACGAUAAUUUAAACCCACAUCGAAACGCGUUUCCUUUCCUUUCAUGCGAACCCAUGAUAUACAUGUAAAACAACGAACGUUUGCAUUUUGUAAUUUUCGAAUAUCGCAAGGAUUGAUAAUACUCUUUAAAAAAGGAUAAUCAUAGGAUAAAACAUGGCAGCUCAGGAUAAAGAAAAAUAAAAUAGUGAUAGAAGUGGAAUUACCAGCUGCUUUGUAGUGGAUUUAUAUUUAGGUUUGACUAGGAGACACAUCACAUAAGAUGAUUCAUGGUUCUGAUACUAACUUUUUGCGUUUUAACGUCGUCGUAGUGGGUUUAUUGUUUAUAAAAUUGAACACGAGGUGUGACCAUGGUAUGAUUGUUCAGAGCCAAUGAAACAUCGAAAAACAAAUGUCACACUUUUGAAAUUUUCUCGUAUGGUCAAGAGACUAAUGAAGCCCCGCGCUCAAAGUCUCUAUAAGAACACAAAAACAACAUCUCGUAUGGUCGCGAAUAUAAAAUUUGUAUUUUGUUUGAUACAGUCACGGUAAUUUUUUUCUGGCACAUUUUUUAAUGUUUGAAAUAUUGGAUUAAUGAUUAGCUAAACUGGAAAUAUGGACUGCAUUUAAUUGCCUAAAAGAAACAAUAGAAAGAGAGGAAAAGAGAGAAAAUGAGAAGAAAGAGUGAAACGAAAGAUACGAUUUCUGUUUCCGUCAGGAUAUGAUGGAAACAAUAUUAGUAUUUGAGCAAGCAAGAGUUGCAAUCGGAGUAGGUUUAUAUAAACAAUGUGAUUUUUAUACUCUUUAGCAAUAGGUAGUCGGUUUUUAAUUUUAAUAUUUGGAAAAUUUUCAACUAAAUUCAGUGCUACUUUGCAGUGCUAGCAAGCCAGACGUGAUUAUAAUAUUAGGACGUAUGUUUCUAAUUUUAGGUACCACGUGUUUCAACUCUAGCCUCAAUUGAUUACAUAUUUUAUUUUAUUCUUGUAGUCGUAGUCGCUCAUCGAUUGUUUAAAGCAGUUUCACUAAAUAGCAUUUAUAUUUUUAAUUUAGAGUGAGAGAGUGAGAGAAUAGAUGAGAGAGAAAAACGAGUAGUAGAUAAAGAAAAAAAGGGAGAUAGAUAAAUAGAUAGAUAGAGUGACAGUAAGCAUAGAAAAUGUGGGAAGUGCAUGUGUAUACUUUUGGUAAAGUCAUCUAAUGAACAGCAAGAUGGAGGUUUCGUUCACAUCCAGAUGUUCCAUUACAAAAAAAAACACUCACAGAAACAAAGGUAUUAGUUAUAUAAAUCCAUUUUCCAUUAUUUACAUCUCAGAGAAACAAAAGUAAUACAAAAGACAAGUACACACUCAUUAAUACGAGCAGACUAAGAGUAAAUUGCUAGGAUGUAUAUUUCCUAUAAACUUGCACUCAUCGAUGAUGAUAAUUUAUUGGAGUGGAUGAUUAUUUAUUGGUAAAUUUUUCCUCUUCCUCUAUGCUUUGCAAGAUAUUUUUGAAUAUUCAAAUGUGCUUAUGUAUACCUUCUGCAUCUAGUAUAACAUGCGGAGCCGAUUUUUUACAAUUGAUAUUUUCAUGUUCAUGGAUGCAGUAUCAGGGUUUGCACUUUAGCAUUGUGAACGUCGCAUUGGGGUGAUGUACAGUUCACUAUUUUCUUCGUACUUGGUUCAAACUAUCGAACAUCCACCCGAAAGUCCUUCUACCGCUACUCAAUGAUUUGUGACAAGGCGUCCAUACAACAGGCAAGUACGUCCAUAAAACAAACAAGUAAAAAUGAUAUUUACGCAUCAAUCAUCAUCAAUUUGAGAUGUUCCUAUCCAUGUGAAGUGAUCGUCCUAUCCUUAAAUCUACAUUGAAGAGAGAUGGACAGAAAUUGUGCGAUUGAUGUGAAAUAAAAUCUGAUGAUCUGAUGGGAAUUUUUCUCAAAUAAAUGCUAAUUACUAUAUCAUUUUGUUACUAGCGUAUCAUAGGAACAUAGCAAAUAAAUUGAAGAUGAAGCGGUACUUAAGGCGAUAUAUGAACGAAUGUUUUGGACAUUCUGUGGCAAAUUGGCGAUUUGGAAAUUGUUUCAUACUAGUCCUUCCUUGUUAGUUACAGCGUAUAAACAGUUCAGCAUCCGAGACUUGGAGACAGUCAUCAAAGCCAGCCAACGCAUAAGCGAAACCCGUCUUAUAUCAAAUAGUGAUGCUAUCGAACAAUUUAAUCAUCAACAAAAGAACAACUAAAGGUCUUCAAUUUAUCCCUGUUCUUACAUAGACUCUUUUACACAUUUUGUUAUAUUUUUGUUACUUUGUUCAUCUUGGUUCAAAAGAUAUACUCGUUACUCGUUUCGUUUCGCUAUUGAAUCGUUAUAUCAGUUCAAAAGUGGUUAAUAUCAUAUUUUAGUUUUGUUCGGAACAUUUCGCAAUGUAAAAAAUAGACGCGGUAUUGGUUGCAAAUUUUGAAUGCAUCAUGCACAUAAGUGAGUGAAUAUUCUGUCACUGAAAAAUAAACACGACUAUAGGGAAGGGUUAGAAAAAUGACUAAACUUUUUGUACAUUUUUAAGAACAAAUAGAACCGUAUGCAUAAGAAGAACUAGUUAUUCAUAAAGAAAGGCAAACUCCAUACACAAAAUUUAACAAUAGAAGAAGCAGUUAAUUUGUGAUAAGAAACAAAUGUAAUAAGAAUGUAAAUUAAACGCAAAUACGCCAAUAUAUGACAAGACUGUAAUUUAUAGCAAUAUAUCGAUAUGUUGAUCUGCAAUGAGGAAACGAGGAAAAACAACUGUAUGGCAUAUCAACUUUAUGCUCCUAUCAGUAGUUUAUUGACUUUAUGUUGAUUAGGGGUAGCAAAUAUUUAAGAAGGAAUUCAAACGUGGCAUACAUGUGUAAAUCUUUUUUUUUGUUACUGUUUAUUUCUUCGAAUCAAUUGAUAAAUUACGGUCAAUAAGAUUUAUUAAAAAUUAGGUCGAUAACAAAUAUUUUCAAUUAACAGUAGAUUUCGUUUGAAUUUUUUUAUACAGAUUUGAUCAUACAUCAAAGACGCGUUGGACUAAAUUGUAACGUUUCUUUUGUAAAAUUGUAAAAAAAUUUAUAAACACAAUUCCAAACAAUUUUAUCUUACAAUAGGACUUAGAAUUAAUUCAUGCGGUUUUUAUUCGAUAAUCGUGACCCAGCUACAACAACAAACCAUUUAACUACUUUAAUGAAAGUAUUGUCCGUCGUUGGCUGCUACUUUCUCCCAUCUUUCAGGCAAUUCUCGAGUUUCGUUUCGAUAGCACUCCUCAUCUUCUCCUUAUCUCAUCGAUUCAAUCAGAUACCCGUUUUGAAUACUUUCAUAAGAUUUGAACCGCUAUUCUGCCAAAUCGUUAUUCAUGCAACGGAACAAGUUGAAGUCCGAAGGUAAAGGAUAUGGUAAAUACGGCGGAGAGGAUUAUAAUUGAUGCUUAAAAUGCAUCAAUUAUUGUCGAUAGCGUUGUCCAUCAAUACUUUAAGUGUCACGAUUCUGUAAAAAUUUGUCCUCCGAUUCUGUUUUGAUUGUCCUGGUCGCUCUUAAUCUUGCAAACCAAACCCAGCACUUUUUAACCGGGCAAACCACAUCUGACACGUUCUUUCAGCAAAUUAAGGUUAAUUAAAAUUUUCCAUUAAACUUACCAUCACUUUCAAUAAUGAAGAAGCAUUCCACGGAAAAAUACUUUACCAGGAUAAAAAAAACUCGACAUUUUUAGAUGCUUGUUUACACGGUUAUGAAAAAAAAACCUAUACUGAGUUAGAUGCGUAAUGGUAGCUAUCAAACACCCAUUUCAUAGCAAAAUUGUGACAUUUAGAGAUUAAUUGUAAAAACGCAUGAAUUAUUUCAAGCUCCUAAUUAGUUGCCAUUGAUGAAUGGAGGACCAGAUACAAUAGCAAACUGUACGCAGUGUAAGGAGACCUUAUUGUCGUGCAGCGUGUUGGUCUCGACAGGCAAUGCUUUGUUUGUCAUGUCAUUGAAAUGGCCGAAAAGUCAGGACCGGUCGGAAAAAUAUACUUUGAUCGUCCGGAAGGACAAAAAGUACGUGGAUGGUCCCGUUUGAGAUGAUGUGACGGUAGCAAUGGAAGAAUGCCGAUUUAUUGAGUUGACGGACGAAGGCACUAAAAUGCGAGCGGUGAAGGGAGUUUCUGUUACAGCCCAUGGCUGCUCCGCAUUUGUAGCAUCGGAUAAAAUAAAAUAAGCUCGUCGUUUUAGUGCAGUCAUCGCACAAAAUUCAAAGUAUGGUAAAGGUAAUCUGCAUGGUAAUAAUUUUUUUCUCAUUGCUUAUACUGUUUUUUUGAUGAUGAUUUAUUGAUGAUGUAAAUUCAUGACUUUCGUAGCUUCAUUCCGUAGUUUCAUUCCAAUUCUUGCAAUCUGUUAAAAUGAUACCUAUUUCUUUGAUCGCAAUUUGCGAUGGGGUCAAUGUGUUAUGUUCACCUCAAAUUUGAUUUUUUUAAGUCAGAAAUAUCAAAUAUACAACAAUUUGAAACGAAAAAUAAGGGCUUAUUAAAACAUGCCCUGCUAAACAAUCGCCGAAUACAAUUAAUGGUCUUGAAAAUCCGAUCAUAAUAAAAUAUUAACUUGCAAUUAAGAAAAUCAAAUUUUGUAAAUUUUUCUUAACAAAAGCAAAACAGUAAUUUUCUCUAUGUAUAAAUUGUAGAUGAUAUAGUAACUAAUAAUUAGAAUGAGUUGAAGCCAUAAACGGAAGGGACGUAGUCGCCGUACUUUUGAAUAACAUACUAAAAAAUACGACUUCCAACACAUUGCCACCAUUAUCAUAGGUGAGUGGUUGAGAGAAAGCUAGCACAAGUAGAUGCUCAAAUACUUAUGCGUACAUACCAAGCUGGAACAAAAUAUACAUCUAGAGUUCGAUUAUCUAAGCAUCUCUUACAGACAUGGUAAGCCACAGAUGCACAGAAAUGAUAGUACAUAUCGUGGGUGUAAGACUAUAAGUGGUACAAGUGGUACAAGAAAGAUUCAAGCUUUUAUGCGGUUUUCGUAUGUAGAUAAAUUGGAGGUGAAUGACAGCAAUUGGGAUCACUGACUACUUUAAAACAUUACGCUAUUUUUGGAUUUCACUGUGGAAUAUAUCGCCCGAUUGUUUUGUGUCUUGUUCAACCCAGCUUUGACUCGUGUUCGUAGCUCUUGGCUAGACAGAACAAAUACCUUGAAAUAAAAAAAUAAUAAACCAAUGGCACCAGGUCUUGUGAGUACAAUGGGUGAGCCAGAAAUCUCUAAUAUAAAAACCGUUUCUUUCACAAUUGUGACCACAUGAAGUGGGUAAAUUGCUAUGUUGCACGAUGACUCUUCCGUGCUUUGUCGCGUACUGUGGCCUUUUGCUACGCAAUGCUUGGUGCAAACGUAUCAUUUGUUUUAUUGUAAAAGUGUGUGUUAACCGUAUAUUCACAUAAUUCCUAUAGGAUAAGCACAAGCCUAUUCCAUUUAAUGUACAUUAUUAUCAUGUUUCUUCCGUCAAUUUUGGAAUAAUUGCUAUUGAAGGCGUUUGUUAAUCUUCUUUUUAUUUGCUACCAUCUCUAGCUAGCACGACAUCAGUUGUGGAACAGGGAAUACCCCAGUUGAAAGGAUUAUAAUAUAAAAAAUAACUAUGAUCAUCUUAGUUCCGUUCCAAUAGAGCGUGUAAAGUUACGGAAGUAACAAAGAAAAACCGAAGCUCAUGAAGAUUAGGGUAGCUCGAUGAACCAUUAAAUCGCGGUUAACACGUAAUACGAUUCAAACUAUCAUAAUAAAUUGCAAUAAUAAAAGAUAUUGUUUCAUUAACGAAAAAGUUGAUGUGCGAAUGACCACUUUUAAAAACAUUUUAAACGGAUGUAAACACAAACACAAAGGAACUGAUAAGCCCAAAAUAAUGUACCUACGUUAAUUAAUUUUUCCUAAUUGAGAAGGUUCACUUUCGUGUUGCAAUAGGGAGUAGAAUUUUUUUCAUAUGAUUCUCAGUACGACCUGUUUUUAAAUUCGAUUACGCUUACCAUAUGUGCAUGCUGAACUUAUUUUUAUCGAUUAAUGUUUCUUGCACUGAAGUUUUUACGAAAGUAAAGAUUGGCGAACCUUGGUGAAAGAAAACAACAAAACAUACAGAAACAAUUGACAUAAAUGUAUUAGUAGCAUACAUUGAUUUGUAAGUACAUGUAUAAAUUUAGACAGAGUUUGUCCAGAAGCGCCGACGUGUAUUAUAAUAUAAGGUGAGCGUGUGACGAAAGUUGAUUGAGGGGCGGCAAUAAGCAGCCGCUGUAGAAAGUUAUCGUACGCCUACCACGCAACACUGGCCACCAGGCCUUAUGGAUAUCCUGUGCGAAGGAAACAUAGUAGGGAAAUGUACUGCACAGAACCCAAACACAAUACCGAUGACUAAGCUCAUCGGAAACGAUAAAAAUAAUAUUUAUAUAAAUAAAACAAACGAAGAGUGAGGUAAGAAUAAAUUAGUUUAUAUUCAUU